CUUUAACCUAUCAUCUCACUCUUAAGUCCUCAUUCUGGUCGACUGGUGCACCGUUGAAACUCCUUCAGCCGAACCGACUCUGCACGACUCCCAGUUCACCAUGUCCAGGAAGGUUGUGAGGACCAGUAAGUUCCGUCACGUCUUUGGUCAGGCUCUGAAAGCUGACCAAUGCUAUGAUGACAUCCGAAUCUCCCAGAUGACAUGGGACAGCAAUUUCUGCACUGUAAACCCCAAGUUUGUGGCCAUGAUCGUGGACGCCAGCGGAGGAGGAGCCUUCAUGGUGUUGCCCCUGAGCAAGACAGGACGUAUCGACAUGUCCUAUCCGACUGUGUGUGGCCACACAGGACCGGUCCUGGACAUUGAGUUUUGUCCUCACAACGACAACAUCAUUGCCAGCGGCUCUGAGGACUGCAGUGUCAUGAUUUGGGAGAUCCCGGAUGCUGGACUGACCACAUCACUCACAGAACCUGUUGUCAAGCUGGAGGGCCACUCCAAACGUGUCGGCAUCCUGUGCUGGCACCCCACCGCCCACAAUGUGCUGAUGAGUGCAGGCUGCGAUAACGUGGUGAUCCUGUGGAACGUGGCCCGUGGCGAGGCAGCAGUGAGGAUCGACACCGUGCACACUGAUGUCAUCUACAGUGCCUGCUGGAACAGGGACGGCUCCCAGAUCCUCACCGCCUGCAAGGACAAGACCAUGCGGUUGCUGGACCCUCGCAAGGGCACUGUCAUCGCUGAGAAGGAAAAGCCUCAUGAGGGCUCCAGGCCUAUCAGGGCGGUGUUCGUGUCCGACGGGAAGAUCCUGACUACCGGCUUCAGUCGCAUGAGUGAGAGACAGGUGGCGCUAUGGGACCCGAAGAACUUCGGAGAGCCUCUGACCCUGCAGGAACUGGACACCAGCAGUGGCGUCCUUCUGCCAUUCUAUGACCCAGACACAGGCGUCGUCUUCCUCUGUGGCAAGGGGGACAGCAGUAUCCGUUACUUUGAGGUGACAGAUGAAGCUCCGUAUGUCCACUACCUGUCCAUGUACAGCAGCAAGGAGAGCCAGAAGGGGAUGGGGUACAUGCCCAAGAGGGGCCUGGAGGUCAACAAAUGUGAAAUCGCCAGGUUCUACAAACUCCAUGAGAGGAAAUGUGAGCCCAUAGUCAUGACGGUGCCCCGCAAGUCGGAUCUGUUCCAGGAGGAUCUGUACCCAGACACCGUCGGUCCCGAGCCUUCAGUCGAAGCCGAUGACUGGUUCGAUGGAAAAGAAGCCCCGCCCAUCCUGAUCUCUCUGAAGGACGGCUUUACAACAACCACCAAGGCCAAGGAGUUCAAAGUUCUCAAGAGCCUCAUGAAGACCACGACUGCCUCUGCUGGGAGUCAUCAGGACAGCAGCGGGGAGGUCCAGUCCUUGAAGAAGGAGGUGAAGGAUCUCAAAGCAGCUAUAGAGGAGCUGACCAAGCGUGUGAGCGAGCUGGAGAGCAAGCAUUAAACUACAGAUGUUUGACAAUUCAAAUUCAAGAGCAGACGGACAAAAGAGGAACUGGGGAAAAAGCAAAGAAACAGUUUCAUUGAUUUUUGACGUUUUGGCAUUAUUGUGGUGACAUUCAUUCCAAUAAAAUUUUAAUUUUAGAAGGAGAGGGCUGUGUCUUCUCACUGUAUAUUGAGACAAAGGGAGAGAUCAAGACAACUGGUAUUAUGAAACUACACUUUAUUUUAGUUUGAAGCUUGAAUUUGUUUAUUUGGUUUGUCUUGGUUUGAUCAAUUUUAAAAAUGCCUAUUUUAAUAUAUGCUAUAGUUUGAAAUAAAGUCUUUUUCAGAAUACA